AUGGCAGACAGGUAUUCGUUUUCAUUAACCACGUUCUCACCAAGGUAUGUCUACUCAUAUAUAUGCAAUUGACCCGCGACUCCAAAUUUUUUGUCAACCGUCGUUGUCGUUGAUUCAUUUUUUGACCCAGAUCCUUAUACUAACAUUUCAACAACAUGAUAGUGGGAAAUUGGUCCAGAUAGAAUAUGCUUUGAACGCGGUGAAACAAGGGGUAACAACAAUAGGAAUCAAAUGCGACAACGGGGUGAUUCUCGCCACGGAGAGAAAGACCACUUCUGCGCUUCAAAAAAACAACGUCAACAACAAAGUCGAGUAUAUAACGCCAAACAUUGGCAUGACAUAUAGUGGAAUGGGUCCAGACUUCCGUGUUCUCGUGGAUAAGGCGCGUAAGUUGGCUCAAUCGAACUACAAACUAAUCUACAACGAAUAUCCGCCUGUGCGUAUAAUGGUUCAAGAGAUAGCCAAAGUGAUGCAAGAAAGCACCCAGUCGGGAGGAAUCCGCCCCUUUGGUGUGUCUUUGCUUGUUGGUGGCUACGAUGAGUAUCUGGAGAAGUUUCAAUUGUACCAGGUUGAUCCUAGUGGCUCGUACUUCCCCUGGAAAGCUACCGCUAUAGGGAAAACCGCCAACAGCGCCAAGACGUUUCUUGAAAAGAGAUGGAAUGAGAACUUGCAGUUGGAAGAUGCUAUCCAUGUUGCUUUGUUGGCGUUGAAGGAAAGUGUUGACGGGGAGUUGGUUGGUGAGAAUUUGGAUAUUGCUGUGAUCAGUGAUCCUCAACAGCAGUUGUUGGGUUUUACCGGUACGAAUUUGGAAGGACCAAGGUUUAGGAAAUUGAGCGCUGAGGAGAUCAAUGAUACGUUAGACUCGUUGUAA